CCGGGAAGGAAUAACCAGACAACUAUCAGAGUACUCAAAAUUCAAUCCAAACAGACAAAGAUAGGUUCCUUCCAUGAGGUGCGCAGGAUAAGAUGCCACUCCUUCAUCUUCAUCACCACCAUCAUCACAGUAAGUCAUUCUUCACUUCAUUCAAAUCUGCUAUCUCUCUAACCUUUCCUGGUUCAAAAAGAUGUUUCCUUUUGAAAAAUCCAAACUUCUUUUCACCUCAGAAAGUACUUUUCUUAACAAAUUCCAUGGUUUCAAGAAGAACCCAUGUUUUAUUUUCCUCACCUAGUAAUGGGUUAGAAGAAUUAUCAACUACACAAAUUUCAGAAACCCAGAAAUUGGAAGAAAAGGAGGAAUUUGAAUUGAGAGAAAAGCCCUUACCUUUGCCCAUUAAGGACUCCGAUACUGAAGAAGCAGUUCCUGAACCUGUGAAUCAUAUAGCUCUAGCUCCAUUUUUGAAGUUCUUCAAAUCCAAAGAAGAUGGAGAAGUAGAGUUUUUCAAAGAGAGGGUUCAUAAAGAAGAACCAAAGGAGGAGGUUAAGAAAGACGAGUUGAAGGAGGUGAGUAUUGAGUAUUAUGACCCCAAACCAGGUGAUUUUGUUGUGGGAGUUGUAGUUUCAGGAAAUGAAAACAAACUUGAUGUGAAUAUUGGAGCAGAUCUUUUAGGUACAAUGUUAACAAAAGAAGUACUGCCCUUAUAUGAUCAAGAGUUUCCUUACCUUUUGUGUGAUUUGGGGAAAGAUGUUGAGGAGUUUAUGGUUAAAGGGAAGAUGGGUAUAGUUUAUGAUGAAGAGGCAGUUAGUGAGGUGCAUCAAAUUCCUGGUAGACCUAUUGUGGAGACUGGAACAGUUCUUUUCGCUGAAGUUUUAGGGCGUACACUUAGUGGGCGGCCUUUGCUGUCUACUAGAAGGUUUUUUCGUAGAAUCGCAUGGCAUCGUGUGAGGCAGGUAAAACAGCUUAACGAACCUAUCGAGGUUAGAAUUACGGAGUGGAAUACAGGUGGUCUUCUUACAAGAAUAGAGGGUUUGCGUGCAUUUCUUCCUAAAGCGGAGUUGAUGAAUAGAGUUAACAAUUUCACGGACUUGAAAGAAAAUGUGGGGCGCCGGAUUUUUGUUCGCAUCAGUAGAAUAGAUGAAGAUAAUAAUGACUUAAUACUUAGUGAGAGAGAAGCAUGGGAUAUGAAGCACCUGCAAGAAGGAAGCCUUCUGGAAGGGACAGUUCGGAAAAUCUUUCCUUAUGGAGCACAAGUAAGGAUUGGUGAUACUAAUCGAAGCGGAUUGCUUCAUAUAUCAAACAUCACUCGCGCACGAGUUACUUCUGUGAGUGACUUGCUUAAACUUGAUGAAAAAGUGAAGGUGUUAGUGGUGAAGUCCAUGUUUCAGGAUAAAAUAUCGCUCAGCAUUGCGGACCUCGAAAGUGAACCUGGUCUUUUUGUGACAGAUAGAGAGAAAUUAUUUUUGGAGGCUGAAGAAAUGGCGAAAAAGUACAGGAAAAAAUUACCAGCCUUUUCUGCAACUCGCAAGUUAGACCCUCUUCCGGGGGACACCUUACCUUUUGAGGACGAAGCAAAACUUUAUUCAAACUGGAUGUGGUUCAAAUUUGAACAAGGUGGAUCAUGAAUUGCUUCAUUCAAAGAGACUGUUGCAAGUUAAUGCCAGGGGGAUCAUUUUCAAAAACCCAAAUUUGACUCAAAUACCUCUUUCAAAAUGACGAUUCGUAUAUCCAGGGUCGGGACUACUUUGAGUUAUUCCAUUUUUUGGGUGCGCACUGAUGCAUGAUUUGUUAUGCAUUAUAAGAUGGCGAGGUUGUUGUUGUUGUACUUGUAAUAUCAACAUUCCAGGAUUACUGUCCUACACCAUUUGUCAAUUAUAAGUGGUCAAUUAUGGUGACGAUGUAACCUCUGAAAGUAAAAACUUGGCAACAUCUUUUGCAUCACAUAGCAUAAGAUGGGCAUUGCAUA